CUCAUGAAACGCAUUGCAUUUUGAUAAACGGCGUGUUACUAUGUUAAAGAGAGUUUAAAGAAUAGCGUUAAAACAAACAAACAGAUACAUGUUAGAAAUAUUUCAGAGCUAAACAGAUAUGUUUAAAGUGUCAUUACUUUAAAAUCACUGCAAAGUUUUUUAACAACAAUUGGUGUGCCGUAAAAUGCUUCAAUACUGCCUUCACGUGCUCUCGGAAAUUCGAUAAUUUCCACUUCAGCCCGGAAAUGAUUGACGGAACGGUGCUCUUUUAAUGUUAACAGAUACUUCUAAUGUUUUAAUGAUACUAAAUCACAUGUAACAUUACUGUUUUAAUGUUACUAAUUACAUUUAAUGGUAGUAAAUCCAGACGUUACUUCCGCGUUUGUGGUGUGGAAAAUCCCACUUCCGAGGUGUCUUACAGUCGGUGUGACGUCUGUAGCAUAUUAACCUUAGCAUAUGAAGGCUCAUGCUGUUAUCUCUCUGAAUGGCAAAUGGUUGAAUCAUAUUGAACCGACUUUCUUAUCUCAUGACUGUAUGAAUAAAAAAGCUUUUGCAGAUAUGCUUAUGGGUUUCCUGAUUACAAUGUGAUUCUAAAUAACCACACAAUCACUUCUCACUUUCAUAUUCUAGUCUUAUCUUUUUUGGAAAUGUCACCAGGAAUUUUGUAUUAAACUAGGUCACGUGACCCCAAAUGCACCCUUAUCCCCAAUGGCUAUAAAUGUGAAAUGUACGAGCUCUUGUGGAAUAUUCUUUAAUAUUCCACAAAAUGAUUAUUCCAAAAAUAUUGGUCUACAUGCUGGUCUAGAACUGGAGCGGUCUAGUCUUGGUCUGGGGGUGUCUAACAGCAUGGCAAAUUGACACAGGCAAUAAAUACACAAAGAGAUUCUCGUGAGGAGGGGCUAUGUGACAAUUCAUUGGCUGUGUUGUGUGAUUUUGAAUGUGUUCAGCAAUAGAAAGGUCAGAAGUGAUGAGAUCAGGUCAUUUCAUUUGACAUUAACUCCACAGAGGAGCACAGGUUAAUUACAGAAGCGUUGGGUCGGGUCUUUGUCCUCCUAAAGGUCUUUGCCCCGCUAUCGCCUUCUAUCUGACUGACACGCAAACAGGGUAGGUCAGAGAGGGCCUUCGACACCAAUAUAAAAGACCCAAGAGGGUCCACAGAAGCAGACAGUAGAGAUCUUCAGCACAUCAGAGACAUUCUUUGGAUUGAGGUUAAACAUUUUUCUCAUCAUUAUCAUCAUGUAUAAAGCCGCUGCGGUUUUCACUCUCGCCCUCUUAGUGGCAUCCGUUGGCACUGCUCAGGCCACGGAGGGUCAUCCCAUCUACGGAGUGAAGCUGUGCGGCAGAGAGUUCAUCCGUGCGGUCAUCUUCACCUGUGGAGGUUCUCGCUGGAGAAGAUCUUUGGAUGUAACAGGUGACCUAUCCAGUGAUCUUCUCUCUGUUCAUGAUGAAGAAGCCUCGGACAGCUGGGCAACCAACCCCAUCGCUGGACUCUCAUUCAGACCUCGCCCCGACUCUGAGGCCGCCGCAUGGGCAGGAGAAGGCCAGGAGAGCCCCGUGUUUAGCCGUCCCGCCCGCUCGCUCAUCUCAGAGGAAGUGCUGGAGGCCUUGCGCACAUCAGACAGGAAGGGGCGGGACGUGGUGGUCGGCCUGUCCAACGCCUGCUGUAAAUGGGGCUGCAGUAAGAGUGAAAUCAGCUCGCUAUGUUAAAGGACAUUUGUGUUCUCAUUUUUCUUUCUGGCGUUCCUGAAAGAAAAGUGGUGGUGUUCUUAGUUUGAAAUAUCGACAAUGCGCUUGUUAGAACUUGUUGCCUUGUGUCAAGUUUGUAGGAAUAGCAGAGUAUAGCCGAAGUGAAGCAUCGAUCCAUGUUAUCGUCUGUCACUCAAGAGAUUUAAAAGAGUCUCGCUGUAUUUAUCCCUGUGAUGUUCUUGGUCAUUCAGCUGCCUAAUAGCAAUGAGAAUAAAAUGUUGUU